UCAGUAGUCAAACAAAGUUUUGUUAAAUAUUUAUCAGUCAAUGGCCAUGGACCAGGUGCCAGGUCUGCACUGAUGCUGAGGCCUGAGCUGGGACCUCUCUAAAAGGAGAGUCAGCUGCUCCUCUGUGGUCCCCGUGGUGAGCUCCUGCUGCACCUCCGCUCUCUGCCCCUCCACCAGCUGCUGACUCCACCCUCUUCUCUCUGCGUGCCCUUUAACCUUUUUGCCUUUAUAUAUAUAGCCUGUCUGACGAUCAGAGUUCUCCUGGCAGCCAUCAUGAAGGCUACUGUCUCGAUCUGCUGCUUCCUCUCCCUGCUGCUCUUGCAGGCCACGGCAGAAGAUGAAGAUGUCACCUCUGUCCUCAGAGACAGGUCUCAUAUUGACGAGACAUUACGCCUUGCAAGUGAACAAAAAGCCAAAGACUAUGCAGCGGCUCUGGAGAGGUUGCGGAAGAUCUAUCACACAUCCAUCAGGCCCAUGGAGCAGGCCUACAAGUACAACGAGCUGAGGCAGCAUGAAAUCUCAGCCUACCCUGGACGAACAUUAAGUGACUCAGCCACAGAUGGAGAGAUUACCUCCAAACCUAUGGUGCUCUUCUUGGGACCCUGGAGUGUUGGCAAGUCCUCCAUGAUCAAUUACCUCCUGGGCUUGAGUGACAGCCCGUAUCAGCUCUAUACAGGAGCUGAACCCACUACCUCAGAGUUCACUGUUAUUAUGCACGGUGAGAAGAUCCGCUCUGUUGAGGGUAUAGUUAUGGCUGCUGACAGCUCCCGCUCUUUCUCACCCCUGGAGAAGUUUGGUCAAAACUUCCUUGAGAAGCUGAUUGGUAUUGAGAUGCCCCACAAGCUGCUGGAGCGUGUAACCUUUGUGGACACGCCAGGAAUUAUCGAGAACAGAAAGCAGCAAGAGAGAGGCUAUCCUUUCAAUGAUGUUUGCCAGUGGUUCAUUGACCGUGCUGACCUGAUCUUUGUGGUGUUCGACCCCACCAAGCUGGACGUUGGUCUGGAGCUGGAGAUGCUCUUCCGUCAGUUGAAGGGUCGUGAGUCCCAGAUCCGCAUCAUCCUGAAUAAGGCCGACAACCUGGCCACCCAGGACUUGAUGAGAGUCUAUGGAGCUCUCUUCUGGAGCUUGGCUCCCCUCAUCAACGUGACCGAACCCCCUCGUGUCUACGUCAGCUCUUUUUGGCCCUAUGAUUACGCACCUGACACCAGUCGCGACCUUUUCAAGAAAGAGGAAAUCUCCCUUCUGGAAGAUUUGAACCAAGUGAUUGAGAACCGCAUGGAGAACAAGAUUGCCUUCAUCCGCCAGCAUGGUAUCCGUGUGCGUAUCCACGCCUUGCUGGUCGACCGCUAUGUCCAAACAUUCAAAGAGAAGAUGAGCUUCUUCAGCGACCCUGAGCUGGUCUUUAAGGAGAUUGUGGACGACCCAGACAAGUUUUACAUUUUCAAAUCCAUUUUGGCCAAGACCAACGUCAGCAAGUUUGACCUGCCCAACCGCGAUGCUUAUCGUGACUUCUUUGGCAUUAACCAAAUCACCAGCUUCAAACCCCUGUCAGCUCAGUGCUCCUACAUAGGAGGCUGUCUGCUUGAUAAGAUUGAGAAAGCCAUCACCAAUGAACUGCCUGCUCUUCUGAGCAGCAUUAACUCUGGCAAACAGCCUGGCCUGUCCUCCUGUGAGGCCACCGGCUGUGGUGAAAAGCCAAAGAAUCGUUACCGAAAGAACUGAGGAACACAAAAUAACUUAAAUGGGGAAUGGAGCGUAAGGGAGUGAAGUGAAACGAAGCAAUCUAGUGGAAGCUAAACCUAGAUUUGUUAGAAUGUUGAGGAGACGGAGGAGAAAGAGUUAGUGUUUGUUCUUUUAUUUUUUUCCUCAGGA